ACAAUACGUAGACGUAAGUGAGCACAAUUUUAAAUAGGAAAAAAUCAUAAAUUAAUCGCUAGUAAACUAGUUUUAAAUUAAUGAAAACUAAAUAAUCAUUUAGUGUACACGUGUAGUCAUCGAAAGCGAUAGAAAUUUCAUUCAAAAUAACGAUGAAAAGUUGAUAAAUUGUCGAUGGAAAAAAAUUUCACAUGUCAAGUCGGUAGUCAUAGUUAGUAGUGAGCUAUCCACACAGAAAAAAAAGAAGAAAAAAAAAAUAGAAAAUAAAGGAAAAGCAGAAAAGCGAAUACCGAACGAAAGAACACCGCAGAACCGGCAAAUCCGCACAUACGAACAUAUGUCAGAAUUUCGACAGCAGUACAAGCAAAGGCAGCGACACAAAAGGCACACAUUUCUAGUCCGAGUCCGAGUCCGAGUUCGAGGACGUAUACGACUGUCGGGCGCAGCAAAGUGGAACUGGACGAUGGGCGAAAUUGUGUAAAGUGCUAAUAGCAUCAGUACCAGCAGCAGUGAGUGGUGAGGAGUUGCAGUAAAUCGACCAACUCUCCUUAGUAAAAUACACAUAACACAUUAGAAAUUGAAACGGUAUGGUGAAAAUGGAAUCCACAGAAGAACAGGAUCGAAAGUUAGUAUUGGAGUUUUGCCAUUUGCUCGAGAAAUCUAAGCAACUGUUCAAUGGCCUCAGAGACCUGCCACAAUAUGGCCAUAGGCAAUGGCAGGCGUAUUUCGGUCGUACAUUUGAUGUCUACACGAAAUUAUGGAAAUUCCAACAACAGCAUCGCAUGGUAUUGGACUCGAAAUAUGGUCUGAAGCGAUGGCAAAUUGGUGAAAUCGCAAGCAAAAUUGGACAGCUUUAUUAUCAUUACUACUUAAGAACCAGCGAAACGAACUACCUGAAUGAAGCUUAUCAAUUUUAUGCAGCUAUUAGAGGUAGAGCAUAUUAUUCGCGUGCGAUCAAAGAGGAUCGGCCCGAUUUAAUGGUGAAGAAGUUGCGUUAUUAUGCGCGGUUUAUUGUUGUUUGUUUGCUGUUGAAGAAAAUGAAGUUGGUUCGUGAGUUAGUGACGGAAUUGGAAAAGCAAAUACAGGAAUACACAACAACUUACGAACCAGAGGAUCAUUUAGAAUGGUCAUUAGUUUUAGAAGAGAUAAAAGGUUUUAUAAAAGCUGAAGCUGCCGUGGCUGUUCUCCAUGCGGAUUCCAACCCCAUCAUACUUUCACACAGUGGUUCCGGUUCUAGGUUAUCGCCGUUAACGACGCCACCAUGUGAACGAUCGCCGCAUAUGACGUUGAGCUUACAGGAGAUACUCAUUGUUGGCUCGGCGUGUGAACAGGCGAAGUUCUCCGAGUUAACAAUGGACAUGUUUAGAAUGUUGCAAACACUCGAACGGGAACCAACGGAAUCAACGCAUCCGAUGAACAUCACACAUGGCAUGCAUGGGCACGAUGCCAGUCCAGCUGCCAGCCGCAUACCACCAUAUGGUGUUCCAGGUUCUAAGGGUUACUUAGAAAAUGGCCGUCAUUAUCGAGACAAUCCUCACAAAUAUUUACUAUACAAGCCUUCUAUUAGUCAACUUCUGGUGUUCUUAGCUAGUGGAUUUAAAGAAUUGCCUCCAGGAGGCGCAUUACUCUUAUAUAUGUCAGCUGAUGGUUGUUUCUCGACUACAAAACAUCCAGAGGAUUAUGGCUAUGAGUUGGGUGGCCUUGCUACGAGCGUCAAACGUGAUGGCGUUGAAGGCGGUGGCAUAGCAUGUCGAGGGAAAUCCUACAAGGAGAAUCAUUGCCUCUACCCCGGUGAUUUGUAUCCCUUUACACGCAGACCAAUGUUCAUUAUCAUCGAUUCAGAUAAUUCAUUUGUCUUUCAACACAUACCACGUUACUUUGGUCAACCGUUAGUCAUAUUAAUGUCACCGCAAGAUGUGCCGCCCGCUUUUCAAGCUGAUGUACAGCAUCAUGGUUCGCUAUUCACCUUGUUCCUGCAUUCCCCGCUAACGGCGCUCUGCUACAUUUGUAAUGUCGGUGAUGUGCCCAUACAUCAUUGGGAGCGCUGCCAAUCGCAUGUGGACCGUUUCAUAACAGAGGCAUCAAGACUUGUGACGCGUUGUCGAAUCGAUGAAAUUGAGCAGGGUAUUGGUUUUAUAGACUCAUCGUACGUACAAUUCUUUGGUGAUGACUUUUUACGUACGCUGAUUUUACGUUUCGUCUUCUGUGAUGUUGUACUGAGAUUGCAUCGUGGCUUUCGCGGACGCCAUAUGAGGCCACGAUGCGAGCCACCAUUGCCAUCCAAUGAGUUACUCGAGCAUCCAUCAUUGUCGCAUAUUAUAUUCCAAUUAGCGUCGGCGCUCGAUGUGCGCGGCCAUUUCUCCGAUGGGCCCGAAUGCGACUGAUGAUUUUUUAGUAAUAAUAAUACAAAUUAUAAUAGUAAUGAUUGUAAAAAUAAUAUUUAUUAUUUAAAUUUACUUGUAAAAAAGCAUAAUACAAUAGUUAUUAAUAGUUCAGCUAGUAAUGCAAUAACAAAUGAAUUAAGAAAAUUGGCAAAUGAUAAAUUGUCUAAUGACAAUGCAAAUGGGAAUGAUAAUUAUGAAAUUGUGAGUAAAUGGAAUAAUUUAAAUUAUUAUAUUCAUAUUUAUUCGAAUAAAAUUAAUGUAAUUUUCUAUCAAAUAUAUAUAACAAUUUAUAUUUAUUUUUUUCUUAGUAUUGGUUCUAUAGCUACUUUUUUACAGCAUACAUACUUAGGUACAUACAGAGCAGAAUAUAAGAAAAAUAAUUAAAUUCAAUGGCAGAAAA